ACUCCAUAUUUCUGUUGAGGGAUCAAAAUCAUCACCCAUUUGUUGGCGAAAUGCCCUACAUAGAGGACUCCUGACAUACAUUUCAGCCGAUGCAGACUGGAUCAUUUUUACAAUUCUAGAUCUGCACCCAUCAUAUACUAUCUGGGUCUCGCCGCUUGGAAGUGGAGCCUUAUUCUGAGUCUAAAAUGGCUUGGAACGGCCUGAUAUUGCUUCUGCUCGUCCUCUCUCUGUCUUCAGCAGUCAAUUGCUUCUAUCUUCCUGGAGUAGCUCCCCAGGACUUCAAGACUGGCGAUGAGCUCCAAGUUAAAGUCAACAAAUUGAGUUCCACAAAGACGCAGCUCCCUUAUGAUCACUAUUCUCUGGACUAUUGUAAGCCAAACAAGAUUGUCAACAGUGCAGAAAAUCUUGGAGAAGUUCUUCGUGGAGAUCGAAUCGAGAACUCUCCUUAUGUGUUUCGUAUGAGAAAGGGAAAGAUCUGUAAUUAUGCAUGCAAGAAAACACUGAAUGCAAAGUCUGCAAAGGAUUUCAAGGAGAAAAUAGAUGAUGAAUAUCGAGUUAACAUGAUUUUGGAUAAUCUUCCAGUUGCAGUACCCAGACAAAGAGCGGAUGGGAGUCUAGUUGCCUCUUAUGAGCAUGGCUUUCGAGUUGGGUUCAAAGCUAGCUAUACAGGGAAUCCAGAAGAGAAGUACUUUAUACACAAUCAUCUGGCUUUUGAGGUUAAGUUUCAUAAAGACAUAGAAACUGAUGCUGCUCGGAUUGUUGGAUUUGAAGUUAUACCUUUCAGUGUCAAACACGAGUACAAGCAACCCUGGGUUGAGGAGAAUCCCCAAUUGACAACAUGCAACCCAAGCUCCAAUCACCGUGUUUUACCUACUGAUGCUCCACAAGAAGUUGAGGAGGGUAAAGAAAUCAUAUUCACUUAUGAUGUAUCAUUUACGGAAAGUGACAUCAAAUGGGCUUCUCGUUGGGAUACAUAUCUUCUCAUGACAGAUGAUCAGAUCCACUGGUUUUCUAUAAUCAAUUCAUUAAUGAUUGUGUUGUUCCUUUCUGGCAUGGUGGCAAUGAUUAUGAUGAGAACACUGUACCGAGAUAUUUCAAAGUACAAUCAGUUGGAGACACAGGAUGAAGCCCAAGAAGAAACAGGAUGGAAACUGGUCCACGGAGAUGUAUUCAGGGCCCCAACCAAUUCAAGCCUACUCUGUGUCUAUGUAGGAACUGGAGUACAGUUUAUUGGUAUGACAAUUGUGACAAUGUUAUUUGCUAUGUUGGGGUUUCUUUCUCCAUCCAAUCGUGGUGGAUUGAUGACUGCAAUGGUGCUGUUGUGGGUGUUUAUGGGUUUGUUUGGUGGUUACUCUUCUGCUCGGUUGUACAAGAUGUUCAAAGGUACAGAAUGGAAAACAAACACAAUCAAGACUGCUUUCACAUUCCCUGGCAUUGCUUUUGCCAUUUUCUUUAUACUCAAUGGACUGAUCUGGGGUGAAAAGUCCUCUGGUGCAGUUCCAUUUGGGACAAUGUUUGCUUUGGUCUUUUUAUGGUUUGGGAUAUCUGUGCCCUUGGUUUUUGUUGGUAGUUACUUUGGCUACAAGAAGCCUGCAAUUGAGGAUCCAGUUAAGACAAAUAAAAUUCCCAGGCAAAUUCCAGAGCAGGCAUGGUACAUGCAACCAGUUUUCUCAAUAUUCAUUGGAGGCAUAUUGCCAUUUGGAGCUGUUUUCAUUGAAUUGUUCUUCAUCUUAACCUCCAUCUGGUUACACCAAUUCUACUACAUUUUUGGGUUCCUUUUCAUAGUCUUUGUUAUCCUUAUUGUCACCUGUGCUGAGAUUACAAUAGUCCUCUGCUACUUUCAGUUGUGCAGUGAAGACUACCAUUGGUGGUGGAGAGCUUAUCUGACUUCAGGCUCAUCUGCACUGUACCUAUUCUUAUAUGCUACAUUCUAUUUCUUCACUAAGCUGGAGAUCACAAAAGUUGUCUCAGGAAUCCUGUAUUUUGGCUACAUGACAAUUAUCUCAUAUGCAUUCUUCGUAUUGACUGGCACGAUCGGGUUUUAUGCAUGUUUCUGGUUCGUGCGGACUAUUUAUGCAUCAGUGAAGAUUGACUAAAGCUCCAUAUUGUGGCCAAUUUUUUCUCAGAGGAAUGCAUAUUUUGUCGAGCAGAAUUAAACUGUAGAAUGUGAGAUGUGCAUACUACAUCUAUGCUAUAGGAAAUCAGCAGAGGAAACUCAGAUUGGUCUUUGUAUGCUAGCAAGAGGUGGUAAUUGAGAAGCUAUCAUAUCACGCAUUAAUCACUUAGGGGUUCCAGAUAUUUUAGAAGAUACAAAUACCAGAUUAUUCUUUGUUGUACUUCGCGGUUAUUAGAAUAGCAAAUACUUUAUAUGUAGCGGUUGCAAGAUAUGCACCUGUUUUGCCUUUCAUGCCAUUCAACAAGAGUUGUUUGAUAUGAUAGAACUUGAUGUGCAGGAACUUGCUUUUGGCUGGUUAGAACAUUUGCUAACUAAUUCUAAUGAUCAUAUUAUUUUUUUCA